ACAAAAUCCUUGGUGGAAGAGGAACCCUGAAUAUUACCCUAUGCUUUGAAGACACUGCAGUCCUCUAUGGAAUUUGUAUAUUCUUUUGGGUACUGGCUACCAUUAACUUUCUCUGUCGCAAAAAGAGAGAAUUUGUCCUUAUUCCCUUCAAUCUAUUGCUAGUGACAAGAGUGGUUUUAUGUUUUGGCAUUGUGUUAGUAGCAGUUUGUGAUUUUGUGUACUCUGUCAUUGUUGAAAUGAAGAAUGGAGGUGUGCCAGCUUACUACUUUCUCUCUCCUAUCAUUCUAGCAAUCACAAUGGUGAUAGUGAUUUUAUUGUUAAUAUCAGAGUAUAAGAAAGGAGUUAGGUCUUCUGGUCCUCCUGUCAUCCUAUGGAUUGGUCUAGUGGUCUAUGCGUCCAUUAAAAUGUGGACUAUACUUGCCAAGGCUGAUGUAACAGGAAUCAUUGAAGUAUUCUAUUUCACUACAUUUUCUGUGGAGUUUUUCUUUUUCGUACUUCAACUUCUGCUCUCAUUCAUACCAGAACCAAAAUCAAUUGAUGACUACAUCAGAGACACUGAGUAUAAACCUUCACCUGAAGGAUCAGCAUCAUUCUUUUCCCUUGUGACUUGGUGGUGGCUGAAAUCACUGAUGUGGAAGGGAUCGCAUAAAGUGCUAUCUCAUGAUGAUCUUUAUGAUAUUAACUAUGAGGAUAAAUCUGAAGUGACUUCUAUCAGGUUUCAAAAGGAAUGGGAUAAAGAAGUGAAGAGAUCAGGGUUAGUAUUUGUUCAAGGACAAUCAAAUAAACAAUCACAGAAAAGAAGAGAACCAUCUCUAGUACUUGCAUUAUUCAGAGCUUAUGGAUUGGACAUUAUUACUGGUGGAUUCUAUAAACUAUGCUAUGACAUACUCAUCUUUAUUAAUCCUCUGCUCCUUAGGUUAAUGGUAGCAUAUAUUCAUGAUAAGAAUCAACCUGCAUGGAAUGGAUACUUUUAUGCAGUGGCAAUGUUUCUUAAUGCAUUACUGCAUUCUCUUACUUAUCAACAAUACUUUAAUCAUAUUACAGUAACUGGAAUGAGAAUCAGAACAGGUUUGAUUGCUGCAAUCUACAACAAGUCCCUAGUUUUGACAAGAAAGUCUUAUCAGAUCAGAACAAUAGGAGAGAUGGUUAAUCUCAUGUCUAUUGAUGCCCACAGAUUCAUAGAGACAUUGAGCUACUUUCAUAUGGUUUGGUCUGGCCCUUUACAGAUUGUUGUUGCUCUAGUGGUCUUAUACUGGACAAUGGGUUUUGCUAUUCUCGCUGGCCUGGCAGUAUUGCUAUUAUUGCUACCCUUUACUUUACUGGUGUUCCUUGUUGGACGAUACUUUCAAACUAAACUGAUGAAAGCUAAGGACAAGAGACUGAAAAUUAUUAAUAGCAUCAUUGGUGGCAUCAAGGUGAUUAAACUAUAUGCAUGGGAGAUUCCAUUUCGAAAUAAAGUCAAAGAAUUACGAAAUAUAGAGCUUCACAACCUAAGGACUAUAUCCCGCAUUCAGGCAUUUUCUGCUCUUACAUGGUUCAGCACUAACACUGCUGUUAUACUGGUUACAUUUGGCACAUUCUUGGUGAUUAAUUUCAGUAGGUCAAGUACUGAUUUUAGCCUCACAGCAGGAAAAGUUUUUGUUGUGAUCUCACUAUUUGAUAUUCUUAGAUAUCCACUCACUAGAUUACCAAUGACAAUUGCAUACAUGAUUCAAGCUAAUGUGUCACUGAAACGAUUGAGUUCAUUUUUAACUGCGGAAGAACUUGAUCCUGAAGGUGUUGAGAGAAGUGAAAAAUAUGAUGAAAGUUUAGAUGCAGUAUCAAUAACAGGAGGUGUGUUCACAUGGGAAGAUGAGGCAGACAAUUUCCUCUUAUCAAAUAUUGAAUUAUCUGUGAGACCUGGUGAGCUAGUGGCUGUAGUGGGACCUGUUGGAGCUGGUAAAUCAGCAUUGAUAUCAGCCAUCUUAGGAGAAAUGAAUAAGAUAAAUGGACAUGUAGUUCUUAGGGGUAGAGUAGCUUAUGUACCUCAGAUUGCUUGGAUAUUGAAUGCUACAGUCAAAGAUAACAUUACUUUUGGUAAAGGGUUCAAUAACGUUCUCUACAAUGAGGUCAUUAGUACUUGUGCUUUGGAAGCAGAUAUGGAAAUAUUACCAGGAGGGGACAUGACUGAAAUAGGAGAGAAAGGUAUUAAUCUUAGUGGUGGUCAGAAACAACGUGUUAGUCUAGCUAGAGCAGUCUACCAGGAGUCUGAUGUUUAUUUACUUGAUGAUCCUUUAUCUGCUGUUGAUUCACAUGUUGGUAAACACAUAUUUGAUAAUGUGAUAGGACCUGAAGGAGUAUUGAAAAACAAAGUACGUAUAUUAGUGACUCAUAGUGUGAGGUUCCUAUCUCAAUGUGAUAAGAUAAUUGUCAUGAAUGAAGGCAGGAUUAGUGAGGUUGGAACUUAUUCAGAACUACUUGGACACAAUGGAGAGUUCUCUGUGUUUCUACAAAACUAUGGCUCAACAGAUGAGAGUGAUGAAAAGAAACAAAACACUGAAAAAAUAGCUGACAAAUUGGAGUAUUUUCCUGAUAAGGACAGCAAAGAGUCAACUCUUUUGUCUGAUGAGAAAGUUCAAGUUGGCAUUGUCAAGAUGUCUGUUGUGUUUGCAUAUCUCAAGUCAUUCACAUUUAUUAUAUUUCUAAUUUUGUUGAUAUUCUCAUUUCUUUCCACUGGAGGAUAUGUUGGUCAGUUGCUCUGGUUAGCUCAUUGGAGUAAUGCUGGAGGAAAUGAUAACUUGACACUUUUUGCUAAUCUUGGUAUAUAUGCCACGUUUGGAAUCGUACAAUCUGUUUCACUGCUAUUUGCUUCACUGACAUUAUCAUUUGGAACUGUUAAAGCUUCAAGGAGACUCCAUGAUGAAAUGCUAUCCAGCAUACUUCGAUCACCAAUGUCAUUCUUUGAUACUACACCUCUAGGAAGACUCCUGAAUAGAUUCUCAAAAGACAUAGAUGCUGUUGAUGAAAAGAUUCCUUUGUUUACAAACUCAUUUCUCAUAACAGUUUUCUCAACUUUUGGAGUCAUCACUAUUAUCUCUGUGGCCUCUCCAUGGUUCCUCAUAGUCAUAGUACCGAUAACAGUCUUCUACUUGAUUGUCCAGCGUUUUUACGUAGCAACUUCAAGACAGUUAAAGCGUCUUGAAGCUACCUCACGCUCUCCAAUUUAUUCUCAUUUUCAAGAGAGCAUUGAUGGAAUCUCUAGCAUCAGAGCUUAUAAUGUUGCUGAAAGAUUUCGAUUGCAGUCUGAGCUUCAUGUAGACUACAAUCAAAUUGCUUUGUAUGUUAGCCAUUCCUCAAUAGUCAGGUGGUUAUCAGUUCAGCUUGAUUUCGUUGGAUCAGUCAUCGUUUUUUCGGCAGCAAUGUUUGCAACUCUUCAACGUAAUUAUCCGCACAUUUUUGGUUUUAUUGACCCUGGUUUAGCUGGAAUGUCAAUUAGCCAAGCUUUUUUGAUGACAUUACUAUUGGCCAUGGUAGUAAGAAUGACAAGUGACUUGGAGAGCAGUUUAGUGUCUGUUGAAAGAAUCAAAGAAUACACAGAGUUACCUAAUGAAGCUCCUGAAGUUAUUCCUGAUAAUAGGCCUGAUCCUAAUUGGCCAGUAGAUGGUAGCAUUCAAUUUGAUGAAUAUGCUACACGCUAUCGUCCUGGACUUGAUCUUGUACUAAAGAAUGUGUCUUGUUACAUACCUGGUGGUCAAAAAGUUGGUGUUGUAGGACGGACUGGAGCAGGGAAGUCAUCAUUAACUAUGUCAUUGUUUCGUAUCAUUGAAGCUGAUAAAGGAUCCAUUUUAAUUGAUGGCAUGGACAUCAGUAAAUAUGGACUACGUGACCUUAGAUCACGACUAACAAUCAUUCCACAAGAUCCAUUACUAUUCUCAGGGCCACUUCGUUUUAAUCUUGAUCCCUUUGAUACUUGCACUGAUGAUGAAAUAUGGAGGGCUCUACACAAUGCCCAUUUGAGCACAUAUGUACAGGGACUGAGCAGAGGGCUGGAUCACAUUGUAACUGAGGGAGGAGAAAACUUGAGUGUUGGUCAGUGUCAGUUAGUGUGUCUUGCUCGGGCGUUGCUCCGUAAGACAAAGAUACUAGUACUGGAUGAGGCCACAGCUGCUGUUGAUUUGGAAACUGACGAUCUCAUUCAAAGAACUGUCCGUAAAGAGUUUUCUGAUUGCACAAUUUUAACGAUUGCACACAGGAUUAAUACUAUCAUGGAUUAUGAUAGAGUUAUGGUCUUAGAUGAAGGACGUAUAGCAGAGUUUGAUACUCCAGAGAAAUUACUGGAACUCAGAGGUUUAUUUUAUAAUCUUGUCACUGAUGCCGGUUUCAAAUUUUAGUCUAUUGGCCACUCUGUGUUUUUUAAUAAAUUAUUUAUA